GCCAUGUGGUUAUGAUAUUAUUGAGAUUCCAUAAUGCCUCCUGCCGUGACAGACAGCCUUGACAUCUGGGCAGUGGAUUCACAGAUUGGUGCUGAUGGCUCAAUAUCUGUGGACUUCCUGUUGCCCACUGGAAUCUACAUCAACCUGGAUGUCCCUCGAGAUGCCACCAUUUCUCAUAUUAAACAGCUGUUAUGGAAGCAUGCACAUGCCUACCCACUCUUUCAUCUCCUCAUGGAGAUCGACUCUUACAUGUUCUCCUGCGUGAAUCAGACUGCUGUCCAUGAAGAAUUAGAGGAUGAAACACGGAGACUUUGUGAUGUUAGACCCUUCCUUCCUGUCCUUAAACUAGUGACAAGAAACUGUGAUCCGGGAGAAAAGUUGGAUUCCAAAAUAGGUGUCCUUAUAGGCAAAGGUCUCCAUGAGUUUGACGCCUUACAAGAUCCUGAAGUGAAUGACUUCCGAGCUAAAAUGCGGAGGAUCAGCGAGGAAAAGAUCCAGUCACUUGUGGGUCUCUCCUGGAUGGACUGGUUGAAGCACACUUACCCACCAGAACAGGAACCUGUUCUCCCCGAGAGCUUCCAAGAUAAGCUCUAUAGUGGAAAUCUUGUAGUGGCUGUUCAUUUUGAUAACUGCCAGGAUGUGUUUAGUUUUCAGGUGUCUCCUAACAUGAAUCCCAUCAAGCUGAAUGAGCUGGCAAUCCGAAAACGUUUGACUAUCCAUGGAAAAGAAGAUGAGGAAGUUGAUCCUGCUGACUAUGUGCUGCAAGUUAGCGGGAGGCUAGAAUAUGUUUUUGGUGAUCACCCACUAAUUCAGUUUCAGUACAUACGCAACUGUGUGAUGAACAGGACUCUUCCUCAGCUGACCCUAGUGGAGUGUUGCACCAUAAAGAAAAUGUGCGAGCAGGAGAUGAUUGCCGUAGAAGCUGCCGUAAACCGCAAGUCGUCCAACCUGCCUCUGCCUCUGCCACCCAAAAAAAACAGAACAAUAACU